AUGCUCGCAUUGGAGCUCCUGCCUACCGUCGCCAUCGCGUACACACUCUCCGAGCUCGUCAAGCCGCGGCCGCAGCGCUGGGUGCUCCUGCGGCACAUACGCGCCGGCGUAGAGCUCUCGUCACUACUCUUCUCGGCCGGGUGUGGCUGCGCGGGCCUGCUUCUACUCCUCGUGGUCGGAGCGCUCUCCCUGACCGGAGGAGACGACGCCGACGAUCCCGGCCGGGUCGUACUGUCGCGCUACGAUCAAGCCGCCCUGUCAGAGGCGAGGAGCGACGCGGCGCGCGAGCUAGUCUGCAUGGCAACCUUCACCGCGCUCGCCUACUUCGAUCUCCGCGCGCGCUGCGUGACGACGCGCCUCUCGUGGCUCUGGUUCCUUCGCGCGGCGAGUGCAGCAGCGGUUCGCACGCUCUGCUACGUGGCACCGCUGGUGGCAGUGCUGUUGGUGCUUCCAUUCGUGCUCCUCUGCUCGGCGCUGCAGCGGCUCGGGCUCAGCGCCGCCGCCGCGUGGCUCUCUGCCGGGCCUGCCGACUACUGUUUGCGUUACGGGCCUUAUGUUUCCGUCUACUGGCGAGACGCUUAG